GAAUUGGGGGCCACCAUGUCGAGUUCUGGUGGAUCAGUACAGCGAGUGGUUCACGCUGUUUUUCCUCACUUAUCGCUGUGUCCUGGGAUUUGCGGUCCUCAAUGUCGUCAAUGCAGUUUUCGUUCAACAGACGAUGAAGACCGCCAGCUGUGAUGAAGAGCUUGCUUUCAAGCAGAAGGAGAAGGACACAGCAUCCUACAUCAGAAAAGUUAAGAAGCUUUUCCAAACAGUGGAUGCAUCAGGAGAUGGUGCGAUCAACCUGCAG